AAGGAUCGUUGAGUUCAGUUCGGAAAGCGGCUGGUUAUUUAUUUGAUUUUACUUCGCAAGUUACGGGUUUGGCGAUCUUCAAACAAACUGUGUACUUCUAAUCUCAAAAUGUUUUCGGAAAAAAUUCGUCAGCUCACACUAUUGUUGGAAAAGCAGGAACUGGAGGCACCGAACGGGAUCGUUUCGGUACAGCUGUAUUCGGAGUUGUUUGCAGCAUAUCUUUAUCGAAAUGAUCUAUCUAAUGCUCGAUUCCUAUGGAAACGAAUUCCGCCAAGCAUUAAAGCUGGACACGCCGAGCUAGAGCAAAUGUAUAAAGUUUAUCAAUGCUUGUGGAAUAACGAUACAGCUGGUUUCUAUAAAGUUAUCAAUUACGAUUGGUCUAAGCAUGUGUCUGAGCUAAUGUUUGAAUUAAAAGACAAAAUCCAGCAGGAAACCAUCAAUCUAAUUGGGCGAGCAUACAGUUCGAUUUUCGAGAAUGUAUUCGCCGAAAUGACCAAUCAAACUCCGGAUAUGAUUGCUGAGCUGUGCAAGUCGCAAAAUUGGGAAAUUAUCGACGGUCCCCAUCCGAGAUUGAUAGUGCCAAAGCAUCCAGCCGCGGAUAAGCCACUAGUGGUUAGUUCGGAGGAUCAGUUGCAAAAACUGACCGAUUUCGUCUCGUUUCUGGAAAACUAGCAAUUGGCUGCAUUACAAGUUGAACUCGAUUAUGUAGCAUAUAAGAUUCUGUAUAUUAAUCUAUUUGAAAUAAAAGCACUUGGA